AUGGCCUUCCGCAAGUGUGAUGUUUCAUGGAAAGAUGCUAAUGUUGUUGCGUCUGCUGAGCUCAGUCAUAAAACUGUUGAAGACAAAGACCUUCAAAUUGCUCAACUCAUGAACAAAUUGGAGGCAUAUACACCUGGAGAGUCAAGCCACGUCCCUCCUCGUUCACCUGUCUUCACCUCGCAAAAAAUGGAUGUUGAGGAAUCGCUUGCCAAGUUCAGCAUUCAGAGGGAACAACAAUCCACUUCGGUUGCGACGUUAUUUGUCCAACAAUUGCAAGACAUGAUAACAAACACCAUCAGAGCUCAAUAUGGCGGACCAUCACAAAGUUCAUUGUACUACUCUAAGCCUAAUACUAAGAGGAUUGAUUGCCUAACUAUGCCAACCAAUUAUCAACCACUAAAGCUGCAUCAAUUUGAUGGCAAAGGAAACCCAAGGCAAUAUAUUAUCCACUUUGUCGAGACUUGUAGCAAUGCUGGAACGCAUGAUGACUUUUUGGUAAAGCAAUUUGUUUUUUCGCUGAAAAGGAACACAUUUGACUGGUAUAUUGACUUGGAUCCCGAGUCUAUUGAUAGUUGGGAACAACUUGAGAAGGAAUUCCUCGAUUGUUUUAAUAGUACCCGAAGAACUGUAAGCAUGAUAGAGUUGAUAGGCACCAAGAAAAGAAAGGACGAGCCCGUGGUGGAUUACAUCAAUCGUUGGAGGGCAUUAAGUUUGGAUUGCAAGGAUCACCUUUCAGAAAUAUCUGCUGUGGAGAUGUGCAUUUAG